UACACUCAAGGGUGGUGGGGCUGGUGCUUGGUGUCUCCUGGCAUUCUUUUCUCUCUCCCCCUCUCCUUUCUCUCUUGGUAUCUCCCCCUUGUCAACCGAAUGGUUACACUUCCGCACAGGUAGUAACUGCACUGCUCUGACACAAGUGACACUGUACACGCUUCUUGCUCGUGCUUGCAGUUGGAGCUGUAGUUAUCACUAGUCCCUGCAUUGCAUCAAGAAGCAUCAAUGGGGUUGGCAAGAUCUAUCGCCGUUCUUGUGCUCGUGUUCUUGGUCUUGUGGAGAGAGGGGGAGGCGGCGACGUUCACGUUCGUGAACCGGUGCGCGGACACGGUGUGGCCGGGCGUCCUGUCCAACGCUGGCAGCCCACGGUUGGAGCCCACGGGGUUCGAGCUCCCGCCGGGCGGGGCGCGCGCUGUGCCUGCGCCGUCGGGCUGGUCCGGCCGCAUGUGGGCGCGCACCGGCUGCUCCCAGGACGGCGCCACGGGGCGGCUCGUCUGCGCCACGGGUGACUGCGGCUCCGGCGCAGCCGAGUGCGGGGGCGCGGGCGCCGCCCCGCCCGCGACGCUGGCCGAGUUCACGCUCGACGGCAGCGGCGGACUGGACUUCUACGACGUCAGCCUCGUGGACGGGUACAACCUGCCGGUGCUGGUGGAACCCUCGUCCUCGUCCGGCGGGGGCGGCGGUCCCGCGUCAUGCGCAGCGGCGGGGUGCGCCGCGGACUUGAACGCAAUGUGCCCCGCCGAACUCCGCGCGGGCGGUGGCGCGGCGUGCCGGAGCGCGUGCGACGCGUUUGCGCGGCCUGAGUACUGCUGCAGCGGCGCGUUCGCGUCCCCGGCGGCGUGCCGGCCGACGGCCUACUCGCAGGUGUUCAAGAGCGCGUGCCCGCGCUCCUACAGCUACGCGUUCGACGACCCCACCUCCACCUUCACCUGCGCCGGCGGCCCCGAUUACACCGUCACCUUCUGCCCCGGCGCCACCCCAAGCCAGAAGUCGACGACCAUGCCGGGCACGACGGGGACGCCGAUGACGGUGCCGGGGGCGACAGCAAUGCCGGGCGCUACGCCCACGACGACCGUACCAGGGACGACGGCAGUGCCAGACGCGACGCCGACGAUGGCGACUCCCACGGGGACCAUGCUGCCGGGGACGACGUUCACCGAUGCCACCCCGGACAACGCAAUGCCGAUGGGCGGCGAGGCCGGCCUCGGCGUCGAGGGCGGGAACGAAGGUGGCGUGCUCCUCGGCAGCAGCAGCGGCGCCGGCGGCGUCUCCUGGCUCGCCAACAUGGCCACCGGCGACGUGUCCGCCGCUGCCGGCCCACAACUGGAUGCGCCGUCGGUGGCAGCGUUGCUCUGCCUCCAUUUGCGGCUGCUGCUGCUGUAGUGGCCGCGAUUCUUCCGUCACGAGCUGGGAACCGGGAGGCUGGUGGGGGAUCGGAAUCUGGAUGGCAUGGAUGCGGAAUAGGGAACAAUUUGCGGAUCUGGGUGGGGGGAUUUGAGAUUACAGCAAUGGAGUAAUAGCUUGCAGCGUUGCAUGACAAUGGUUUUUGAUCUGUUGUGACUGUAGUCUGUAGUGUGCGUGUAGAUGAUUACUAUUAAUUGGUGAUUAGAUAAUUCCAGGAUUAGAUGCUUUCGGUUACUGGAGUUUGGAGUACUAGUUGAGUUCAGAGGAGAAAUGCAUGUAUGGGCAUUGAUUAAGUUAAUUCUUCUUGUGCUAGCUGCUCUUCGUUGUUUAA